GCCGGGGUCUUCCGCCUCGACCUUCCGGCCAGCAGGCCAAUGGGCGCAGACGCCGCGCUGUCUGUCAUGGUCGCCUUCGCGUCGCGAUCCAGGCGCUGAGGGAGGCACCGUGGCCUCCACCCGUCUGCUCGCCGGGCACUGCAGCAGCCAUGGGCACGGUGCAGGCGCGGAGUUUGGACCCUCUUCCAAUGAGUGGACCUGAUUUAGGUGCUUUAGGAGAAGAAGCUGAUCUAAUUGAAGUUGAACCUGAAACCAGACAGGAAAUUCUUGAAAACAAGGAUGUGGUGGUUCAACAUGUACACUUCGAUGGACUUGGAAGAACCAAAGACGAUAUUAUCAUGUAUGAAAUCAGUGAUGUUUUCAGGGCUAAAAACCUGAUUGAUGUAAUGAGAAAAUCACAUGAAGCUCGUGAAAAGUUGCUUCGACUGGGAAUUUUUAGACAGGUGGAAGUUCUGAUUGAUACUUGUCAAGGAGAUGAUGCCCUUCCAAAUGGUUUAGAUGUAACAUUUGAAGUAACAGAAUUGAGAAGACUAACUGGAAGCUAUAACACUAUGGUCGGCAAUAAUGAAGGCAGCAUGGUCCUUGGGCUCAAAUUCCCUAAUCUCUUUGGACGUGCAGAGAAGGUGACCUUCCAGUUUUCCUAUGGAACUAAGGAAACUUCAUAUGGCCUAUCAUUCUUCAAACCACAGCCAGGCAACUUCGAAAGAAAUUUUUCAGUAAACCUGUAUAAAGUAACCGGACAGUUUCCUUGGAGCUCUCUUCGUGAAACUGACAGAGGAGUAUCAACAGAAUUUAAUUUUCCAAUAUGGAAGACAUAUCACACGCUCAAGUGGGAAGGUGUCUGGAGAGAGCUUGGAUGUCUCGCAAGAACAGCAUCUUUUCCUGUUCGAGAAGAAAGUGGACACUCUCUUAAAUCUUCUCUCUCUCAUGCCAUGGUAAUCGAUUCUCGGAACUCUUCAAUCUUGCCAAAACGAGGUGCUCUGCUGAAAAUUAAUCAGGAGCUGGCUGGCUACAGUGGUGGAGAUGUGAGCUUUCUGAAAGAGGACUUUGAGCUUCAGUUGAAUAAGCAGGUUUUUUGGGAUUCGGUAUUUUCGGCAUCUCUCUGGGGUGGAUUGUUGGUUCCUGUUGGAGACAAGCCGUCCAGUAUUGCUGAUAGGUUUUAUCUUGGUGGACCAACAAGUGUUCGUGGAUUCAGUAUGUACAGCAUUGGACCCCAAAGCGAAGGUGAUUACCUGGGAGGAGAAGCCUUUUGGGCUGGUGGCCUGCACCUGUACACGCCUCUCCCUUUUCGGCCAGGCCGGGGGGGAUUUGGAGACCUUUUCAGAACACACUUCUUCCUCAAUGCUGGAAACCUCUGCAACCUUAACUAUGCUGGGGAGUCGAACAUACAGCCCACAGGCUGUAUUCAGACCACACCAGUGAGUCAUCCAGCCUGCAAGGCUUCUUUCUGGCCAGACAACUUGCCUCCAGAUCCAGUCUGCAGGACUUGUCACCACAGCUUGCAGACCUACUGUGCCAGUGCUACACUCGGGGUUAAAACUGCCCACCACAAAUUUUCCCUUUGUUGAUGGCCGCCUGGCAUAUAAAUGGGCAGUGAAGCAGAGACUUUAACCCCUGUGUGCUGACUACAAUGACACAGCAGCUCCAGCAGCCAUUGUAAAGGGAGGUUAAGUGGCAGUGGUAUUAACUCCUUGGCUGCUGGCGCUGACACAGCAGUUGUAGCCACAGUAAGAAGCCCUGUGGGCUGGAUCCAGAGAGGAGUCAUCUGGCCCGCAAGAAUCGCUAUGAUAGACUCUAGUCUGCCAACUCAGGUGAGUUUGACAGCCAUGGUUUACAUAGUUUACACUGUAAAAAUUAUAGCGGGCAAAAACAUAUGCUAAAAAAUAGUAGGCUACAUUUUAGUCAUCUUUGCAUUUGUCAGGUUAGCAGGUAAAGUGGUAAUUAUAGUAGACCUCUCUAAAUCACUUUUUAAAAUAAACUUUUUAGGCCCAGGAACUUUUCAGGAUGCAGAAGCCUGUCUAGUUAGGCUAACUUUGAUAGCUGUUUGUGUAAUACUUGCUUUGCUAGACACACUAGGUUUUGGAGAAAAAUAGAAGAAUCAAAUUACAGAUUAAAAAGUUAAGGCACCAUAAUGUAUCCUGAGUAUGGGAUAAUUAUUAGGGCUUUGUGAGAUUUCGCUGGCUAUUCCGUUUUGACGCUGUUUUGACUCGUUUCAAGCUUGAAACAGUGAAAUCAAAUGAA